AUGGCUAUUCAUAUAAACUUUCAUGUUUCAGUUACAGAUGAAGUGUGCCGUGAAGCCAUCUUGUCAGUGUGGGCCUCCAUCAACCAAUCCCUGAGUGAUGGUGGCGUGUUACUGCUGAAGGUUCAUGAGAUUCUUUUGGGAUCUAAUCUUGAGAAUCUUGGGGAAUUGGAAAUGAAGCUUUUUGCUGUAGGCGAAGAACUUGAAGUCCUUUUCAAUAAAAGUUUGGAAUGCAAAUCUAUUAAAAUAUUGACAACAGGUGGGAGUGACACAACCCCUUGUCCUGUCCAAGACAUGGAAAAGCUGCUGCUUAACCUGAAGACUAAAAAUGAAGAAUUACGUGUAAUUGUCAUUGAGCUUGAGGCACAGCUUUCAUCAGGUUCAUCAGAUGAAUCAGGUGUCCUCGUCGUCUUCAUAAUGCGAGUUUAUAUGAUCUGUAAGGCUGUGCAAGACGAGUCUAUCAUAAUUUAUGAAAGUGUCUUACUAAUAUUCAGCGAUACAAUUGCAGAUGAAGGGUGUCGUGAAGCUAUCUUCUCAGUGUGGGCCUCCAUCAACCAUUCCCUGAGUGAUGGUGGCGUGUUACUGCUGAAGGUUCAUGAGAUUCUUUUGGGAUCUAAUCUUGAGAAUCUUGGGGAAUUGGAAACGAAGCUUUUUGCUGUAGGUGAAGAACUUGAAGUCCUUUUCAAUAAAAGUUUGGAAUUGGCCAAAUCUAUUGAAAUAUUGGCAACAGGUGGGAGUGACACAACCCCUUGUCCUGUCCAAGACAUGGAAAAGCUGCUGCUUAACCUGAAGACUAAAAAUGAAGAAUUACGUGUAAUUGUCAUUGAGCUUGAGUCACAGCUGUCAUCAGGUUCAUCAGAUGAAUCAGGUGUCCUCGUCGUCUUCAUAAUGCGAGUUUAUAUGAUCUGUAAGGCUGUGCAAGACGAGUCUAUCAUAAUCUAUGAAAGUGUCUUACUAAUAUUCAGCGAUACAAUUGCAGAUGAAGGGUGUCGUGAAGCUAUCUUCUCAGUGUGGGCCUCCAUUAACCAGUCCCUGAGUGAUGGUGGCGUGUUACUGCUGAAGGUUCAUGAGAUUCUUUUGGGAUCUAAUCUUGAGAAUCUUGGGGAAUUGGAAACGAAGCUUUUUGCUGUAGGUGAAGAACUUGAAGUCCUUUUCAAUAAAAGUUUGGAAUUGGCCAAAUCUAUUGAAAUAUUGGCAACAGGUGGGAGUGACACAACCCCUUGUCCUGUCCAAGACAUGGAAAAGCUGCUACUUAACCUGAAGACUAAAAAUGAAGAAUUACGUGUAAUUGUCAUUGAGCUUGAGGCACAGCUUUCAUCAGGUUCAUCAGAUGAAUCAGGUGUCCUCGUCGUCUUCAUAAUGCGAGUUUAUAUGAUCUGUAAGGCUGUGCAAGACGAGUCUAUCAUAAUCUAUGAAAGUGUCUUACUAAUAUUCAGCGUACAACUUUGCAGAUGAAGGUGUCGUGAAGCUAUCUUCUCAGUGUGGGCCUCCAUCAACCAGUCCCUGAGUGAUGGUGGCGUGUUACUGCUGAGUCAUGAGAUUCUUUUGGGAUCUAAUCUUGAGAAUCUUGGGGAAUUGGAAACGAAGCUUUUUGCUGUAGGCGAAGAACUUGAAGUCCUUUUCAAUAAAAGUUUGGAAUUGGCCAAAUCUAUUGAAAUAUUGGCAACAGGUGGGAGUGACACAACCCCUUGUCCUGUCCAAGACAUGGAAAAGCUGCUGCUUAACCUGAAGACUAAAAAUGAAGAAUUACGUGUAAUUGUCAUUGAGCUUGAAGCACAGCUUUCAUCAGGUUCAUCAGAUGAAUCAGGUGUCCUCGUCGUCUUCAUAAUGCGAGUUUAUAUGAUCUGUAAGGCUGUGCAAGACGAGUCUAUCAUAAUCUAUGAAAGUGUCUUACUAAUAUUCAGCGGUACAACUGUAGAGCCAUACACUGUAUCUGGAGAUACAAUUGCAGAUGAAGGGUGUCGUGAAGCUAUCUUCUCAGUGUGGGCCUCCAUCAACCAGUCCCUGAGUGAUGGUGGCGUGUUACUGCUGAAGGUUCAUGAGAUUCUUUUGGGAUCUAAUCUUGAGAAUCUUGGGGAAUUGGAAACGAAGCUUUUUGCUGUAGGCGAAGAACUUGAAGUCCUUUUCAAUAAAAGUUUGGAAUUGGCCAAAUCUAUUGAAAUAUUGGCAACAGGUGGGAGUGACACAACCCCUUGUCCUGUCCAAGACAUGGAAAAGCUGCUACUUAACCUGAAGACUAAAAAUGAAGAAUUACGUGUAAUUGUCAUUGAGCUUGAGGCACAGCUUUCAUCAGGUUCAUCAGAUGAAUCAGGUGUCCUCGUCGUCUUCAUAAUGCGAGUUUAUAUGAUCUGUAAGGCUGUGCAAGACGAGUCUAUCAUAAUCUAUGAAAGUGUCUUACUAAUAUUCAGCGAUACAAUUGCAGAUGAAAUGUGCCAUGAAGCCAUCUUGUCAGUGUGGGCCUCCAUCAACCAAUCCCUGAGUGAUGGUGGCGUGUUACUGCUGAAGGCUCAUGAGAUUCUUUUGGGAUCUAAUCUUGAGAAUCUUGGGGAAUUGGAAACGAACCUUUUUACUGUAGGCGAAGAACUUGAAGUCCUUUUCAAUAAAACUUUGGAAUUGGCCAAGCAUGUUGAAGUAUUGGCAGCGGUUGGGAGUGACACAACCCCUUGUCCUGUCCAAGACAUGGAAAAGUUGCUGCUUAAUCUGCAGACUAAAAAUGAAGAAUUACGUGCAAUUGUCAUUGAGCUUGAGGCACAGCUUUCAUCAGGUUCAUCAGAUGAAUCAGGUGUCCUCGUCGUCUUCAUAAUGCGAGUUUAUAUGAUCUGUAAGGCUGUGCAAGACGAGUCUAUCAUAAUCUAUGAAAGUGUCUUACUAAUAUUCAGCGGUCCAACUUUAGAGCCUUACACUGUAUCUGGAGAUAUAAUUACAGAUGAAGUAUGUCGUGAAGCUAUCUUCUCAGUGUGGGCCUCCAUCAACCAGUCCCUGAGUGAUGGUGGCGUGUUACUGCUGAAGGCUCAUGAGAUUCUUUUGGGAUCUAAUCUUGAGAAUCUUGGGAAUUGGAAAGAACUUUCUGUAGGCGAAGAACUUGAAGUCCUUUUCAAUAAAACUUUGGAACUGGCCAAAUCUAUUGAAAUAUUGGCAACAGGUGGGAGUGACACAACCCCUUGUCCUGCCCAAGACAUGGAAAAGCUGCUACUUAAUCUGCAGACUAAAAAUGAAGAAUUACGUGCAAUUGUCAUUGAGCUUGAGGCACAGCUUUCAUCAGGUUCAUCAGAUGAAUCAGGUGUCCUCGUCGUCUUCAUAAUGCGAGUUUAUAUGAUCUGUAAGGCUGUGCAAGACGAGUCUAUCAUAAUCUAUGAAAGUGUCUUACUAAUAUUCAGCGCCAUUUAUAUGAAUUUUCAUUAUGUUUUAAUUGCAGAUGAAGACUGUCGUGAAGCUAUCUUCUCAGUGUGGGCCUCCAUCAACCAGUCCCUGAGUGAUGGUGGCGUGUUACUGCUGAAGGUUCAUGAGAUUCUUUUGGGAUCUAAUCUUGAGAAUCUUGGGGAAUUGGAAACGAAGCUUUUUGCUGUAGAAGAACUUGAAGUCCUUUUCAAUAAAAGUUUGGAAUUGGCCAAAUCUAUUGAAAUAUUGGCAACAGGUGGGAGUGACACAACCUCUUGUCCUGUCCAAGACAUGGAAAAGCUGCUGCUUAACCUGCAAACUAAAAAUGAAGAAUUACGUGUAAUUGUCAUUGAGCUUGAGACACAGCUUUCAUCAGGUUCAUCAGAUGAAUCAGGUGUCCUCGUCGUCUUCAUAAUGCGAGUUUAUAUGAUUUGUAAGGCUGUGCAAGACGAGUCUAUCAUAAUUUAUGAAAGUGUCUUACUAAUAUUCAGCGAUACAAUUACAGAUGAAGUGUGUCGUGAAGCUAUCUUCUCAGUGUGGGCCUCCAUCAACCAAUCCCUGAAUGAUGGUGGCGUGUUACUGCUGAAGGCUCAUGAGAUUCUUUUGGGAUCUAAUCUUGAGAAUCUUGGGGAACUGGAAACGAACCUUUUUGCUGUAGGCGAAGAACUUGAAGUCCUUUUCAAUAAAACUUUGGUAUUGGCCAAGCAUAUUGAAAUAUUGGUAACGGGUGGGAGUGACACAACCCCUUGUCCUGUCCAAGACAUGGAAAAGCUGCUGCUUAACCUGCAGACUAAAAAUGAAGAAUUACGUGUAAUUGUCGUUGAGUUUGAAGCGCAAAUUUCAUCAGGUUCAUCAGAUGAAUCAGGUGUCCUCAUCGUCUUCAUAAUGCGAGUUUAUAUGAUCUGUAAGGCUGUGCAAGACGAGUCUGUCAUAAUCUAUGAAAAUGUCUUACAAAUAUUCAGCGUUGCAGAUGAAGUAUGUCGUAAAACUAUCUCCUUAGUGUGGGCCCCCAUCAACCAGUCCCUGAGUGAUGGUGGCCUGUUACUGCUGAAGGUCCAUGAGAUUCUUUUGGGAUCUAAUCUUGAGAAUCUUGGAGAAUUGGAAACGAACCUUUUUGCUGUAGGCGAAGAACUUGAAGUCCUUUUCAAUAAAACAUGGGAAUUGGCCAAACGUGUUGAAAUAUUGACAGCGGGUGGGAGUGACACAGCCCCUUGUCCUGUCCAAGACAUGGAAAAGCUGCUGCUUAAGCUGCAAACUAAAAAUGAAGAAUUACGUGUAAUUGUCAUUGAGCUUGAGGCACAGCUUUCAGCAGGUUCAUCUGAUGAAUCGAGUGUCCUCGUCGUCUUCAUAAUGCGAGUUUAUGUGAUCUGUAAGGCUGUGCAAGAUGAGGCUAUCAUAAUCUAUGAAAACAUCUUAAUGUUCAGCGGUCCAGUUACAGUGGAGAUACACACUUUAUCUGGAGAGACAAACCUCAAAGUAGUUGCUGAUGGAAAGGGAUGGGAAAUUGCUGUGUUGCUCUUGCUCAUGAGGUCAAGACCUAUUUGCACUAUCAGAUUCCACCAGUGGUUACCAAACGAUCCAUAUAUUUAUGUUUCAGUAUUAGAGAAAGCAUUUAGAAUAUACAAAUCUAGGAUUUUGGUCGGAGUACCAACCUCUGAAUAA